GGAAUUCUUUCUUAAUUUUAUUAAUGGCUACAAAAGUUUUAAUGUCAGGAAUACAACCGACUGGAACAAUGCACAUUGGAAAUUAUUUGGGUUUCCUCAGGCAUUUUGUCAAAUUGCAGGAAAGUGAAGAUUACGAUCGCCGGAUAUUAAAAAUUGCUGACUUGCAUGCUAUUUCUACGGGUUUUGUGCCAUCUAGAAAGCUUAGGGAGCAUAUUUGUCAAACAUUGGCUAUUCUUCUUUCCACUGGUGUUGAUCCCUUCAGAACGAUAAUAGUUCAACAAAGCAGAGUGCCUGAACUUACCGAAUUGAUGUGGAUAUUGGGAACUGCAACUACUUUGCCUUCACUUACUGGCCUCAGUCAAUUUAAAGACAAAUCAAAAAGCUUGAAGGCUGUCCCAGUCGGGCUAGCCACAUAUCCUCUUUUGCAAGCAGCCGAUGUGCUAGGUUACCAUUCUUCUCAUGUUCUUGUUGGGAGUGAUCAAAUACAGCAUUUGGAGUUGCUUAAAGAGAUAACGCGGUCUUUCAACAGUAAAACGGGCGCAGAAUAUUUUUCAAUUCCUCAACGGGUGCAUACUUCUUGUCCAAAAAUCAAAAGUCUGUGUGAUCCAAUGAUUAAAAUGAGCAAAUCUGAUCCUAAAAUUAAAUCAUUUAUCAGUCUUGUGGAUUCUAAUGAAGUGGUUAUCGAGAAAAUAAAAUCAGCGCUGAGUGACUUCAAUCCAGAAAUUACUUUUGAUCCAGAAGACAGGCCUGCUGUCAGCAAUUUGGUUUCUUUUUUUACUUUAGGCAUUGGACUUACAAGGGAACUUUUCGAGUUGUGAGUCAAAUUUUUGUAUUUUUUGGUACUAAUCGAUGGGCUGGGGUGAGAAAAAAGUCUGGGGUUCGGGUUGGUUUUCAAAGUUUUCUUCGCGUUCGGGUUGAGAAAAUGCCUGGUUGGAUUUAGGGUCG